GUCACGCAUCAGUACUACAAUAUAUAAAAACUACAACUCCCAUGAUCCUCUCGGCGCUCAGCGAGUAGGAGGUUAAGCAGAGGCGCAUAUCAUCACACAUUCAUACAGCACAGUAUUGGAGUAUUACCAUCAGAUACUGUACGUUUUACCGAAUAUAUCCGAUAUCAUGUUUCUGAUCAUCUUGGGAUGUGGAAUAAUCGCUUUAAUACUCAGGAUCAUGUCUCCUCAGAUCAGGAAAUAUUCUGCAGGUGGAGUGUGUUUAUCCACAAGUCAUCUAGAUGGAAAGACGGUGCUUAUUACAGGUGCAAACACCGGCAUUGGGAAGGAGACGGCACUGGACUUGGCAGCACGGGGAGCACGGGUGAUCAUGGCCUGUCGGGAUGUGGAGAAGGGUGAGGAAGCAGCAGCCGAGAUUCGGGCACGUGUUGGUGGAGCUGAGGUGGAGGUACGAGAGCUCGACCUGGCCGAUACCUACUCAAUACGGGCUUUUGCACAAAGAUUUCUCCUAGAGGUGAGUCACCUGCACAUCCUCAUAAAUAAUGCUGGAGUGAUGAUGUGUCCUUACAUGAAGACUGCAGACGGGUUUGAGAUGCACUUGGGAGUUAAUCACCUAGGCCACUUCCUGCUAACCUACUUGCUGAUUGGCAUAUUAAAGCGCAGCGCUCCGUCCCGCAUCGUGGUGGUUUCCUCUCUGGCGCAUUAUUUCGGCUGGAUCCGAUUCCACGACCUGCACAGCCAGGGCAGCUACAACAGUGGCCUGGCCUACUGCCAGAGCAAACUGGCUAAUGUGCUUUUUACCAGGGAACUAGCACGCAGGCUAACAGGUUCCAACGUGACUGUGAACUCAGUGCACCCGGGGACGGUCAGGUCUGAUUUGGUGCGCCACUCUACGAUGAUGUCUCUGGUGUUCGCUCUGUUCUCCAUGUUUCUGAAAACGCCACAGGAGGGAGCUCAGAGUUCUAUCUACUGCUCUGUCGCAGGGGAACUGCACUCCAUCACCGGCAAACACUUCAGUGACUGUUCUCCAGCGUCAGUCGCUCCUCAGGGUCGGUGUGAUGAAACCUCUCACAGACUCUGGGACGUCAGCUGUGAGCUACUGGGAAUCGAAUGGGACUGAAUAUACAUUCCAUCUUUACUCUUCAUUUAUCAGCCACCACCAGAAACGUGCCAAUUCUUAGAUACUGCACACUUACAUCUUUUUUGUUCUACCGAUUUGCCAAAUUCACCAUUACGUCAAAGUUAUUUAUAAACUUAUAAAGUGCUAUCAGACUCCAAGUCCAGUCUGUGAUUUGUUGAUGCUCAGUUGAAUCAACCUUGAAGUCGAAAUAUUGCUUUGAAUAAUGUACACAUUUCUGUUCACACCAUGUCUGCUGAACUGCACUGGGGUUUUUAUACAGAUGUGAAAAUGUCUUUUUACUAAUGGUACUCAUGAUCAGAGAUCAGUAUUUGAAUAAAUUAAUAAAUAUAUAU